AUGGUCACCACCCGCUCCGCCAGCAAAGCCGCGACCCCCGGACCCCGGGGCACCUUUACCAACGGUAGCCGCCCCUCCUCUUCCCCGUCCAGCGCCCGCGCCGCACGGCCAGCGAAGCUGUGGUCGCACGUGCCGACGCGGCCGACGCUCCUGUGGCUCGCGGUGUCCCUGCCGCUCGUGAUCUGGGACUCGGGGUACGUGCUGCUGCGGCCGCUGACGAUGGAGGGCGGGCCGCUGCACUGGCCCGUGUACGCGCCGUACAAGCUGUACGGCGAGGUCGACCACACCUACGGCUGGAAGGCCUUCCACGCCCGCAACGGCUUCACCUCCGCCCAGGGCGCCCUCAACGUCCUCGAGACCCUCAUGUACCUCGUCUACCUCUGGUACUACUUCCGCUCCGGCACCGCUGCUACCGUCGGCACUCGCUCCGCUCGCGUGCUGAGCGGACGACCCGCCGCCGUCGCGGUGCUGGUCGCGUUUAGCGCGGCGGUUAUGACGUUGAGCAAGACUGUGCUGUAUUGGCUUCAAGAGUACUUCUCCGGUUUCGACAACAUCGGCCAAAACAGCCUGCAAGAUCUAAUCCUGCUCUGGAUCAUCCCCAACGGCUUAUGGCUCGUUUUCCCAUCUUACCUCGUCUACGUCAUGGGGGAAGAAAUCAUCGAGGGCUUAUCGGCUGCUUCGACGAGAGCGGCUGUCAAGUCCGAGUAA